GAUGUCGGUUGGAUCAUGUGAUCGUCUCACACUCGAGCUCAUCGCCGCGGACGGUCUGCAAGUCGCUAUGUCUGCCCUCCGCCUCGUCUCUUCUGCUGCCCGAAGGGCACCCCGAUCUUUCGCUACCGGCCGUCGUGGCUACGCGGAGGCGGCCGACAAGAUCAAGCUCUCGCUGGUCUUGCCCCACCAGGCGAUCUUCACCUCGACGGAGGUCGUUCAGGUGAACCUGCCCGCCGCUACUGGUGACAUGGGUAUCCUCGCGAACCACGUACCCACUAUUGAGCCUCUUCGCGCCGGUGUCGUCGAAGUGCUGGAGCCGGGAAAUGCGGCGAAAAAGUGGUUCGUGUCUGGUGGUUUUGCUACCGUCCACCCCAACAACAUGCUCACCAUCAACGCCGUUGAGGCUGCGCCUCUGGAGGACUUCUCCGCGGAGGCUGUCCGUGCCAACCUGCAGGAGGCCCAGCGUGUUGCCGGAGGCAACGGUUCGGAGGAGGACAAGAUGGAGGCCCGCGUAGAAGCCGAUGUGUAUGAGGCGAUCCAGCAUGCACUGAGCGCACGGUGAAUAGAUCUGAGUAUACGUAGCGUAGACACUGCAUGAAUAGGGCAUUCUAUCUGUACCGUCGAGCGAGGCGCAUGCCGUUAUUUCUCGCAGGACUGGAUAGCACAGUGGACGUCCUCGGUCGUUGCCGCGCAGGCCAUCAGACAAGCGCCUCGACCGGCUGGUCCGUAUUGUUCCCUCGUUGUUCCGUUCAGAACAUAACGCCGGCGGAGCGCACGCGAUGGUCUGGGACCACCUUCCGAGUAC